UUGUCUAGUCACUUGUGUGUGCUGACUGAUACGUAAGAGCUAAAUGUAGGCUAUCUGUUCUACGAGACAAGAAAGAUUAUGAGCCUUUUAUCCUAUGCUAGCCUAUAGCCAAGUUACAGUAGCCUUGGUUAUGCCCACAAAAAUCGAUAGAGAGUAUAUUACCACGAAGAGGGCGUAACGUGAUCACCGGGUCUUGAAUGCAGCAGCAUCUUCAAGUAAUAGCCUAAGCUAGCCUGCAAUAUUUGAACAAAACUGAACCGCGCGAUGUAUGAGGAUGCUUCAGGACCCAUCCCACUGUAGUCGGAGCAGCAGUCGCUUGCCCCUUCAUGCGCACGCCUUGGACAUAAGGAUAUAUGAACGCCGACAUUUCUCCACUUCCCUACAAGCACGUUUGUGGUGCUGAAGUGAAUCAGACAACUGUUUCCCGAGAUGUAAAGUUGUAAUUUUGCGGGAUCAGAAUGAAACAUGUUGACAGGUUCGGUUUCACUUGAAAUUCUAGCACGGGGGACGUCAGUGUGCAGCACUGAAAAUACCGUUUGUGAAGUUGGACAACCAUGACGAGAAGUAACCGGAAUAUGUCAUGUUUCGGCGAGCCUGCCUCGUUUGAAAUGAUCUGCUCUGGUGUGAUAUGACUGCAGUAUCCUUGAAACAUAAAGGUAGGCUGCCUGCUUAGACCAAAAUAUGCCUUUUGAUAGCAAGAACAAUAACUAAAUCUUGUCCAGAUCAACAUGUGGCACUUUGAAGAUCCAUAGACAUUAUUGUGAUGAACCAAGCAGCAGCUACUGAAAGGAUCAUGUGUAAUAAUUCACACUAAUGGCAUGAAAACAUAUUCUUGUUAACAUGGAUGAUAAAUCCAAUAAAUUGAUCUUAGUUCCUAUUUUAGCUGUUCUUUUUGUAAUGAUAGGCUAUCAAUAUAUAUGUCCAGCCGGCAGCAAUUCUUGCCACUUUAAAACUGGGGAAAAUUUGAGAGGGGUCAGUAUACUUUCUACCCAAUAUCGGACAAACGAAGACUUUUACACAGAACUGGAGGAUGACAGCCCUCCGAAAUUGCCGUCAAAAUUCAACUUUACUGAACGAGACCUUCAGCGGCACGUGGAUUUCAACAUCAAAGGAUACGAUGUGAUAGUGUUUUUACACAUUCAAAAAACCGGGGGAACCACGUUUGGAAGGCACUUAGUUAGGAAUAUUCGUUUGGAGCAACCAUGCGACUGCAAGCCAGGGCAGAAGAAAUGUACAUGCCACCGACCAGGGAAAGAGGAGUCCUGGCUGUUUUCUCGAUUCUCUACGGGCUGGAGCUGUGGUUUGCAUGCCGACUGGACAGAGCUCACCAAUUGUGUACCUGUCAUCAUGGACAAGAAGGAAGCUCAAAAGAACAAAAGGGACUUCUACUACAUAACCAUGCUGCGUGACCCCGUCUCCCGCUACCUGAGCGAGUGGAAGCACGUGCAGCGAGGUGCCACCUGGAAGACCUCCCUGCACAUGUGUGACGGGCGCUCGCCCACACAGGACGAACUGCCCACCUGCUACAGCGGGGACGACUGGUCGGGCGUCACCCUAACCGAGUUCAUGGACUGUCCGUCCAACCUGGCCAACAACCGACAGGUGCGCAUGCUGGCCGACCUCAACCUGGUAGGCUGCUACAACCUGUCCUCCAUGAACGAGAGCGAUCGCAACCACAUCCUGCUGGGCAGUGCCAUGAACAACCUGAAGAACAUGGCUUUCUACGGACUGACAGAGUUCCAGCGCAAGACGCAGUACCUGUUUGAGCGGACGUUCAGCCUGCGCUUCAUCGCCGCCUUCACUCAGAUCAACAGCACGCGCGCCGCCAACGUGGACCUGAGCGAGGCUGUGCGCCGUCGCAUCGAGGAGCUCAACUAUCUGGACGUGCAGCUGUACGAGUAUGCCAAGGACCUGUUCCUCCAGCGCUUCCAAUACACCCGCCAGCGCGAGCACCAGGCGGAGCGAUUGAAGAGGCGUGAGGAGCGCCGAUGGCUUCGGGAGCAGAGGGAGCAGAGCAGGGCCUCACUCCCCAGACGCCGGGGGUACGGGGGCGGAGGCGACCUGGCCACGACCACUGAAGACUACACCAGCCAGGUGGCCCGCUGGUGAGGUGUUAUCCUGGCCACGCACACAGAGAGAGGUCACUGGUGAUCACCUCCAGAAUCAUCUCACAUGGUACUCUUUCUCUCUCUGCCUCUGUCCAUCUCUCUCUAUCGCUCUAUCUUUUUCUGUCUACUAUCUCUAUCUUUAUCUCUUUCUCAGCUUCAGUGUGAUCCUAGCGCUCUGCUAAAGUUUCUUUCUGGUUAUGAAACUGCCAAGUCUGUGAGUCAGUUUCACAGAAGCUCUGCCUUGGAGUGCCCUUUGGUGUCUUAAAUCUUCAAAUGGAUGGUUUAAUGUAUUUAUUUGUAAUGAAUUGUUUUGCUGCUCCUUUGCUUUCCUGCCUCUUAGUCAUGGUUAUUUAUUAUCAUGUAGAUUAUGAUAACUCUUUAAAGGCAGUAAAUUAAGCUUAAAGAAGACACAAUCAAAAGACGCUGCUAGCAAAUACAUUUUUAUUGGGACUCAAUGUCAAGGGGUGGAUAUCAAUCAGUGUUUUUUUUGUUGCGACUGGCAGGAAUAUAGUAGUUCAACAGAAAACAAUAUAAAUGUGCUGAUUCUCGCAUGUCAUGUGUCCAGUCCAUAUUAUAUCUGAGAGACGUUUUGAGGAUGGAGAGUUAAUUCCAAAAGAAAUGAUGAGAGCCAAAAGUACGCCGACUUAGAAAAUAUUUGUCUUUGUUUACGUAGCUACUGUUUUCUUAACGGGACCUUGCAAAUUGACAACUUCUCAGAAAUAAGAUAAUGUAUUUAGUUUCAUUUUAUCAUGGCAGUUUCAAUUAUAUUUACAUUUCCCUCAAACAAAUAUAGUGUAGUUGUAGUCAGUCAAGAUAAUGUCAGAUGUUUUGAUUAUGGUGCAAAAAUGUUUUCUCGGGUGCAAUAUUCAGUAGCGUUUGUCUACAUGCAACACCGUUCAAGUUUCAACUCAGAGGAACUGCUGUUUCUGUUCAUCCACUAUCUGUGUGUUGGAAUGUGAAGUCAAUCAUAAACUCACAAAGAGAGGAUUACCCUGAAGAAAACCCGCCUGAUUUCUAUUCUGCCCUGACCAGACUUAACACAUUCAGCUUUCACAUUACAAAUGGAAAGAACUCCUCAAGGAAGAUUUUUCAAAAAUGUUAAGCUUGGAUUGUGUAAGUAGUCUUCUCCAGAAGGUAAAGAUAACCAGUAGGUAAAUGCUCUAGGUGAGGACUGAGGAGCCAGGUCAGUGUGGUUGGUGUGUGGACUGACUGUCAAUGAGGUGAUCAGCAUUCGGCCCUCGUGCUCACCCCGUCACACUCCGUGGUUUAACAUGUUUGUGGAGCCCACGCCAACGGCUUUGUGGGCUGUGAGGGGGGUUCUAAUGCUACCAGAAUAACAGCCUGAGAUGACACGGUAGCAGAAUACAGUAGUUUCCUGUAGUAGGAAGGAGAUGAAAUGUACCACAUCUAGUUUCAUGUCUGAUUGUCCCUCUCAAAACACAGGUAACUUCUGAAUGAACAUUAAACAAACUUGAAAGUAUCAAACGAGAUUCAUCUAAUUGUUAUGGUUGAAUUACUUACUGUGAUGAUGAUGUCAUGUUAGAUUAAAUAAUGGAUUUGCUAUUCUGAUCUGUUGUUCUGUUAUGAACAUUUCAACUCUCCAAUGACAAUAUUUUUUUAAAUAAAAAUAUGAAUUUGCUGCUGCUUUCAUUUUCACAUUUAUCCUGUGUUUACUUGAUUUUUUCAGAAGAUGUUGGUCUGUCUGAUCACUGAGCACAGCUUUGGUGCAUUAACCUUAACCGAUGAGUGGAAGUUUUUGUUGUUUAAGUAAGUUUGUAUCCAGUUAGUUGAUUGACUGUAAUGUAAUAGUAACCAUUAUCACAGUUUGGGUUGGUAUCCCUAAUCCAGAUUAGGCCUGCUCUUGGACUAGAAAACCUGCUAAAUGGAAAAGCUCUAUUGAAAAUGAUUUUUCAUUCAGGAAUAUGCAGCAUCUGUUUGCAGGAAACUGUUUUUUGUUUUUGUUAUAAGUAAUUGUUCAAGCUAUACAACUAUUGGAGUGUGUGUGCGUGCGUACCAUUAUUGUAUAUUGAUCACAAGUUUGCCUGCAAUUUCAGUGAGCCAACGCACCAUGUUUAUACAUUGCCCCAGCAUUUUCAAACCAACCACCAAUUAUUUUUUUGGGGGGGGGGGUGGAAUGUGCUGUGAAGCAAUCUCCCUGAUGAAAAAACAGCUUAUAUUCAUGCAGUUGUUAUCUGCUCAAAUUUACGGUAGUGUGAUGUGUAUAUUGACGCAAAGUCUGAAAAGUCUGAAAUGAAUAUUUCAAACCUAUUAUCCUUAUCAGACCUCAGUGUAAAUAUAGCGGUGAAAUCAAGCCUAAAAAGAGAAUGUCACACUAGAUAUUGUACUGCCAUCCCCACAGCCCUGUGAAAUGCCAUGUUGUGAAAGAGUGAUUUGAAUGAACUUCAACUGCCACUCAACUUAAGUGCACAUCUUUGAAAAACAGGUAAUCUUGCAUUUAUUUAUUGCAAACAAGGGAGUUUGUCUAAAAGGAAAAAGGUUAUAAUACCAUCACACGAGGGAGAACUUUCUACAUUUAUGUAUCUGUAUGUUCCUGUUCGAAUUGUUGUGUAUGAAAAGGACAGUCUUGAUGCCAUUUGAUGUGUUAUACUUUAUCAGCAAUGUUCUUGUCAGGUCUGCAAGGCUGGGUGAAUACUACUUCAGAUAUUAGAAAUAAAUGCAUUGAACAAACAUGACCCUUUUCUGCCUGGAAUCAUUGGUAUGAAGCCAUAGACAUUUGGAAGGUUAUUCAACGACAUUUAACCACAUUCAUGAGGUCUUGACCUUUAAAAUGCAAUACAAGCACUAGCUUCGUCCGCAUUAGCAAACAGCCCAGAUAAACACAGUCCCAGUCAGGUGACCAGGCGUCCAACAUCUAUCUUCAUCAGUAGGUCAUGCACUGUCGAAAUUAAACUUGUUUACGUGAAUGAAUAGCAUUGGUUGUGUUUGCAAGAUGUUGGCCUGUAUUUUCUCCACCAAUAUUUUCAUAAUCAUGCAUCACAAUGAAGUGUGGUAUAAAAUGGAUGUGUUUCACUUCAUGUGUGUGUCUGUCUCCUGAGGAUUACAUUUCAAUGAGAUAUAUUAUAUGCAUUGUAAAACACGAAAAUUAGGCAGAAAGGAGAG